ACACCUUAUGAAAAUAGAAUGUAUUCACUGAAAAUUGAAUGCGGUGAACGUUACCCUGACGAACCUCCAACGCUUAGAUUUUUAACAAAAAUUAAUAUGAAUUGUAUUAAUCAAAACAAUGGAGUGGUUGAUCACAGAUUAGUUCCAAUGCUAGCCAGAUGGAAUCGUGAAUAUACUAUUAAAUCGAUGCUGCAAGAAAUUCGUAGAAUUAUGACUUGUAAAGAAAAUCUUAAAUUGCCGCAACCACCAGAAGGUGCACAUUUUUAGUUGGUUACAACAAUUGUUGCUGGUCUUUUAGCAACAGCUGCUGCUGUUGCUGCUACUGCUGCUGCUGAUGCUAAAAAUCGUAAUCAUUUUUUUCGUCACCUCUUUAGCGUCUUCUCGUCGUGAGAACAUGUUAUUAUUAUUCUCUUAUAUUUAAUAAAUAAAACAACAACAACAGAAAACAAAUUAAAUAUAUAAAAUUAUUAAA